AUGGCAGCCAUGCAAGGGAUGGAACCGAAAACACUGGAGGCUGUCACUGGUGUGCAACAGCUGGGGCAACCUGUUGCUGUGCACUCAUAUCUAUGGAAAGGAAUGACAAAGAAGUUCUUGAAAGGGGAGCCCAAAGUCCUUGGGGUUGUGCAAAUUAUUAUUGCCCUUAUGAACCUCAGCAUAGGAAUAGUAAUGAUAUGUGCCAUAGUGCCAUAUUACGGAAUGUAUCCUGUUUCAGUGUACAUAGGGUAUCCAAUCUGGGGGUCACUGAUGUUUAUUAUUUCAGGAUCCUUAUCCAUUGCAGCAGGAAUAAGAACUACAAGGGGUCUGGUUCAAGGCAGUCUGGGCCUGAACAUCACCAGCUCUGUGUUGGCCAUGGCAGGGAUCAUAAUAACUACACUCAGCUUGAGCAUUUUCUCCUUAAAUCACUAUUUCUACAGCUGUAAUUAUAACUUAGAAAGUUGUUCCAUGACCAAAUAUAUCUUACUGGGUUUGGAUGGUAUAGUGCUCAUUUUAAGUAUACUGGAAUUUUGCAUUGCUGUGUCAUUGUCUGCCUUCGGAUGCAAAGUAACCUGUUGUAACCCUGGUGGGGUUGUGUUAAUAGUGCCAUCAAAUCCUCACAUGGCAGAAACAGCUGCUCCUGCACCAUUUUAAGAAGAUUUGGUGCCACCACCAGAUCAAGAAAAAAAUGUUCCUGAAAAUCUUUCCCGAUUUUAAUGCAAACACUUUACUUGAGAAAGUACUAUAAUCCAACUCUGAUCUGUGUGUAUAGGUCGGCGGGGUGGGGGGUGGCUUGUAAAUUGGCAAUCAUGUUCUGAUGAAACUUGGGAACUCAUUCCAUUGGCUCUUAGAGUAUCAGGAGCAAAAUAAAUAAAUCAUGCAUAUAAUUCUUCAACAGCAUUUGAAAAAUAUUUUACUCACCCUCAGGAUUUUAUAUAAGGGAGCUACACUUGCAGAGAAGUUUUCACAGCAGUGGGCAAAAGGAGUUACUGAAAUGAGUUUUCCAUGCAGAUUACAUAUUUCUGUUUCCUUGUCUAAUGUUCCUUUCAUUUUUUUUUUUUUUGCUUCUUAGGUGCACAUUUUUACUUUUUUUCUUUCAAAAAGUUUAGUUUCAUGGGUUUUCCUCCAUCUUUUCGUAUUUCUUUCCUUAUUCCGUAUAAAGUAUCAGAAAUACUCAGUGCUCUCUCUCUCUUCCUCUCUCUCUGUUUUUGUGUCUUCUGCUACUUUCUACUGAGUAAGACUCUUAAUCAAACUUUGUAUCCAGUGUCAUAUCUGUAAGUGUGCAGUACAUGAUAUGUAUGAAACACAUACUAAAAUAUUUACUUUUUAUUAAAAAUCAAAAAUAAAAUAAAAUUUGAAGCAGUAUAUUAAAGUG